AGAUAAGUUACACAUAAAUAGGAGGCACAUUCCUAGGUUCUUCCAAACUCCACGUCUGAGUCUUAAAUCACAAAGGUAGCUAAACGCUGUGGGUGAACAAAGUGAGAAACGUAGAGGGGAUCCGGAACAAAGAAACGACCAGCAGUCAAAGCAGGAUGAAAGCUAAUCAAGGAGAUGAAGGCUUAAAUCAAAAGCGAGAACAAAACCUUUACCUGGGCUGUCUAACCAAGAAACAGCUGAUAAUGUUAUCAGUGGCUGUUGGACUUGUUAUCCUGGUCAUCAUUAUUGUCCCCGCUGUGAUUCUCACCAGAACAGCUCCUGUUCUGGUGUUUUCUACUGGAGGAGACAUGCUGGACUUCUUGGUUCAGUCAGGGGAAAUCGGCGAACACGAUGGUCUCCUGGCAACCUGGUUUCACCGAGCCAACAGCAAGGAGGCAAUGAACCAGGCUCUUGCAUCUGAUGUCAUGAUCCUAGAGGCUGAUGUUACUCUAGAGGGUUUUGGGACUGCCAAUCAGAAACCGGUCCCUAUCAUGGCUCACCCUCCUGAUAUCUAUAGCGACAACACCCUCCACCAGUGGUUGGAGGCUGUGUUGGACUCUAAAAAAGGGAUAAAGCUGGACUUUAAGUCUCUGGAGUCUGUUGGUUUCUCUCUGGAGUUGCUUAAGGAAAAGAGCAGUAGCAGAGGAAUAAACAGGCCAGUGUGGCUCAAUGCAGACAUCCUCCGUGGUCCCAACGUACCAAGCUUUGUGACUCCAGUCAACGGAACCAGGUUUCUUCAGUUGAUUCAGGAGAACUUUCCCAAUGUGACUUUGUCUCCUGGAUGGAUGGUUCUUUAUGUUCCUCCAAUUGCUGUUGGGACUUACUCAAGAGGCAUGGUGGAGAACAUGUAUGAAAUGAUUAAAGACGUUCCUCAGAAGGUGACAUUCCCAGUCCAUGCCCUGCUGGUCCGCAGUGGUUGGCAGCACAUCAGCUGGCUGCUCAACCAGUCACCAAGGUUCAGCUUGACUCUGUGGCAAGGUUCAGUGCAUCCAAGCAUCAGUGACCUGCUGUUUGUCCGGGACAACACACAACCUGCAGAAGUCUACUACGAUAUCUAUGAACCUACACUGUCUGAGUUCAAAGAGGCUGCAAGAAACCAUGGUGGUGUUCGGAGGUUUUAUCCUGGAGGAAACCUGAUGGACUUUCUUCAUCCGGUUCACAAAUCAAACAACUUCUCCACUGAUGUCAGCAGCCUGGGGGUGCGCUGGUUUCCAGUUACUGAUGAGGCCUCCCUGCUUGCUCGGCUCUCAGAUGAGGAUGGUGGGAUGAUGGUUCUUCAUGUAGUCUCCGACAGAAAUCAGUCGGGAGUUCCUGUGCUGGGAGAUUCUGGAAACAACUCAGAGACCGUCACACUCCAGCAUGUCCUUGAGCUCCUUGGGCAGAGAGCCAAUGCACCCUGGGGUGUUUAUCUUCGGGUUCACGAUGGUCUGCUUCUGGGCGCUUCCCUCAAACUGCUGCAAGUAGCCUACUGCGCUGAGGAACUCUACCGGCCCAUCUGGAUCAGCAUGGAAAGCUUCCAAAGAAGCAACAGCACAAACGAGUUUGUGUCCACAAUGGAGGAGUUGUUUCCAUAUGUCACUGUGGUCUUGGCUGAGCAGAACUGGCCUCCUCUGAUCCCGGCCGCUCUAAAAGACCUGUCCCAAAGAGUUGCUGUCCACCUGACUUCAGCAUCACUGUUCAAAGGACCACAAGGAAUUGCCUUUCUGAAGCAGAUGGACAAAUAUGACUUUGUAGUAGAGGUGGACAGGAAGGACAAAGCAGAAACCUUUACAAUUUUGAAACAGCUCAUGGCCCAAGAAAAAACAAAUAUUUAUAUGAUGACCAGCCAAUAAACUAAGAAACUAGAAUGAUACAAUUGUGUAAGGCUGGACUGUCUCAUCCAGCAUGUUGAUAGUCCCGGAAAAUGUUGGAGACUUAUCUUGUAAGUGUCCUGGAGUUGUUUAAUUCUUUUCACUAAUUGAUGCACAAACAUACAGAUUUAAUGAUUAAGUUAAAUGGAAUAAAACCUUGCUACUCCUCAGAGUAUUCUUAUAUUUGUUUUGUGUAUUAUUUAUAAAAACAAUCCGAGUUGCAGUGCCUUGUAAUAGCCUUCAUACCCCUGAAAUCUUUUCACUUUUGGCUGCAGUGCAAUGGUAAAAUGGCAAAUAGCUUGUACUUGUAUAGCGAUUUAAGUAGUCCAACGCCCCUGAACGCUUUACACUACAAUCAAUUAUUCACCCAUUC